AUGACUGCAGCCAAGUUGCAACAUAUUCCCCAACUUGUGAGACAGCAAUAUGUGGCUGCCAUCGAGGCUGGCGACGCAUUUUUUUUCGAGUCGGACGUCCGCAUUGUGAGGGGCCAAAAUGUCCAGAGACCUGUGCCAUGGCAAAUUCGAAUCGUGCCGGCGCUCUUGAAGAAGCCCAAAGCACCAGUCUCAGCGGAAGAAGAGGUGCGUCCUAAGCAGAAUCAAGUGGACGUGUUUGCGCCUCCGUAUGUGCCUAAUCUUCUUGUAAAGGAGCUUGAUGACUUCACCGUGUUGCUCAACAAGUAUUGUGUCCUGCCGCACCACUACUUAUUGGUGACGCGCGAUUUUGUCUCGCAGGAAAAGCCGCCCUCACCAAGUAUGCUCGCACUCGUAUACAGCAUGAUAACAUCACACACGCCGUCUAGCGAUGGUGCUGAGCUCCUCGGCUUCUUUAAUUGUGGUCCAAACAGUGGUGCUUCACAACCACAUUGCCACUUCCAGCUUGUUGAGCUUACGCCUUCGGAGAAUGCUACCAAAGCCGUGCCCAUUGAGCACAUGCUAGAUACGCAAAGCGCUCCUGAUGAAGAUAAGGAAGAAAUUUUAGGACUGGCUGUACCAUGGCGCCACUUUGUGGCGCGAUUGGAGCCGCCCAGUGACCCUGAAAAGCUGGAAAACUACUUUGGGAAACGAUUUUCUCACCUCCUUGAGGCCAUGUUUAGUUUGGCUUUGGAGAAGAACGAUGAGAACAAGGGCCGACCUAACUUUAAUGUGCUCUUGACGCGGCAUUUUAUGCAUCUGAUUCCCAGACGCAACGAGACGUUUGAUAUGAAGGAAGCGGGCUGGGAAGAGUAUGGACCCGGUGGCCAUCCACCCAAGUACACGGGCAGACUGAGCAUAAAUGCAUUAGGGUAUGCAGGACUGCUGCUGACGAGGCACGCUUCGGAGUUGGACGCUCUGUACGCCUCCUCGAACGAUGAACGCAUUGUCCAGGUAUUAACACAUACUGGUGUGCCAUUAUAA